GCUUUGGAUUCUUCUUCCUCCAACCUCGAUUGUAGUUUAACCGGAAAAACAUGUCUCUAAGCCCUCGUCGACAUGACGCCGAUUUUGGCCGACGAAUUUGUUGGGAAUCGGGCCCUGAAAAUGGACCUUGGAUCACUCUCAGUUUCAUUGAACCACAGGUCCAGCAGCCAAGUAAUGCAGGCACUGAAGAGUUAACCACCAAACCGGCCCCUUCCGCCAUCGGAGCAUUGCCGACGGUGAACAUCACUGAGAACCAUGUAGCCAACACCAAUCAUUGCGCUGUUUGCAGAGAUGAGUUCGAGGUCGGUGGAGAAGCAAUAAAGCUACCUUGCAAGCAUUUGUACCACCCGGAUUGCAUCGUGUCGUGGUUGAACAUUAAAACCACAUGUCCCAUUUGUCGUUUCAAGAUCGACGGGGAUUCUAAUAACACUGCCAGUGAUGACGCCUACGAAACUAGUGAGAUGAAUCAUCGGGACAUCGGUCUUGGUGUUGAAGAUCUGGCAAAUGGCGUAACUUGGCUGCUCUCUUCGAGGCCUCUUCGCAUAUUUUCUCAUUGGACACGCAGAUAUCUUGAUCUUCUCGAUAGCAUGAUCAGUCACCAUAAUUUUACUCGAGAGGGUAGGAUCUGCUACCAGAGCUUAAUCACCUGCAUGUUCACUGUUUACAUUACUGUCAUUGCUAAGUAAUUGAUGCAUAUGCAU